AUGUUAAGCAAGCAAUAUAGCAGAUUCAACCAGCCAAGCAGAAAGUUUCGAAGGCGUUCGUUCGAUAACGUCAAUUUAGUACGGUUGAAGCUUCCAGAGGAGUUCAUCGUGGAAGAUCAGAAUGGUUGUGAUGUCACGCUACGUUCGUUCAUUCAGUGGCAGAAUGCUCGUCUGGCUGGGGUUGAAGCUUACAGAAGAGUUCAGUGGCAAAGAACACACGCCUGGCUGGGAUACGUUUUAUUCUUUAUUCUCUGUAAUUUAACAUUAACUUUAACAGCUGACAAUAAGUAUCAAAUGAUUGGGAAGCCAGAUAAUCCCAGGUGUUUUGUCUCCGAACCUACCGCAGUACUAACCAACAUCCGAUCCUUUCUGGAAUGUUCCAGCAAAUGUUCUCAUCAAGUCUCUCCCGUUGAUAAUAACACCACUACUUGCAACGCAUUCAACUACAUAUCCAGUGAUGCUAGUAGUCCAGCCAAAUAUUGCCAACUCUUCAAUUUCAUGUGUGACUUUGAAUUCAAAAUGAUUUCUAACAUUUCCAAUUGUCAAGCUUACGAGGCUAGUUGA